AUGUCGUACAGUAACUUGUUUGUGGCGAAACUCCCCAGAAACCUGAACGACGCGGAGCUGGAGCAAAUCUUUGCAGAGUACAAUCCCAUCAGUGCCAAGGUGAUGCUGGAUGCCUCCACGGGGAAAAGUAAAGGUUUUGGUUUUGUCCUCUUUAACACCGAGGAGGAGGGAAGGAGGGCAUACAAAAAUCUUAACCGAAAGAGCACCAAGGCAUGCCGUCACAACUUUAAUUUGGUAAUUUACCCCUCACAGCACACUGGGAAAGCUGCUGUCUCCCCCUCCAAUGCUCUAUACAUUCGCAACGUUCCUAUCACAGUCCCACGGGCGCAGGUGGAGAGGUUUUUGUCAGCGUUUGGCACCCUGACUUACUGCGCAAUGCGGGCAGACCAUUACGGCAAUCCCGUAUGGGUUAUAUACGCCGAGUACGACUGCCUAGAUUGCUCCAAGAAUGCCCUUCAGAAGUUGCAUGGUAAUUCAGAACACUUUAAUGGGCCU